UGGUCCAGUUGGAGAUUUAGUCGCCUUAACGUUGUCCUCUACAGCUGUUAGACUGACCUGGAACAAACCUAUAAACCCGAAUGGUGACAUCACACAAUACAGUGUACACGUCACCUAUCCUAAUGGAACAUGUGUACAACUUAUACAACUCCUGUGGACUGCCGGCAGUAUAGCAAUGACAUCGUCUUGUAAAAUUACCAAGAAUGGUACCUUCACCAGAGACCAGAAGGAUUUUAAUGAGACUAUCACUGGACUGAGGGCCUAUACCAAUUACACGUUCACAGUGUACGCCUACACAUCUGUCGGUGAAGGGACGGAAUCAUCUAAUAGCACCAAAACCAGUCAAGACAAACCACACAAGAUUACAGAUUUAAAAACUUACAAUACAACAUCAUCUACAAUAACAAUUUCGUUUAACGAACCACAACCAAGCACUGGUCCAAUAACGCAAUACGAUAUACAGUACGUGUACCAGGAACGAGUCUGUAACAAUGGUUUGAGGUCAGGUCAGAAUACAAUAACAAACCAGACCAAGUGUACGCCCUCUAGUGAUCGUCCGACUGUCUGCUCUCUAGACAAUCUCUAUCCCUACUGGAACUAUAAUAUAAGUGUGAAGGCAUACACCAUAAAAGGACCCGGUGACUUGAGCGACCCUAUAGUAAGCCAGACAGCCGAGGACAAGCCGAGUCCUAUAAAUAACCUCCAUCACACCAAGGUCACAGCUUACAGUGUAACUUUGGAGUGGUCCGCGCCUUGUCCCCCUAAUGGCAUUAUCCAGGAAUACGUCAUACGCUGGAACAACAUGGAUAUCAACACAAGAAACAACUCAGUGUCAUACCUAAAGCCGGACCUAAAGCCAUACAGGAACUAUACAUAUCAGAUAGCAGCUGUGACAGUGGCUGGUACUGGGGAGUACACCGAUGAACAAAUCGUCACAACAUUAACUGAUAUUCCACAUCCACCACGUAAUGUCACGGUUCCUACAAAGAUGGCUACCAGUGUUAGCGUUAAGUGGUCAAGUCCAGAUUUAAAAACCGGACCUACCAGUUACACGGCCACGGCAAUAGAUGUACGAACAAACAGAAAUAUAUCAUCUUGUGGAACCCAUGGUUUCGACAAAACUGAAUGUACCAUAAAACACCUUGAGGAAUACUGGAACUACACCAUUUUCGUGCUAUCCACCACAGUGAACGGAUCAACCAAUAGUACUCCAGUGUCCAUCACAACUGACCAAUCAGUACCCGGAAAAGUGACAAGUCUGUCUGUCAGUGCUCAGGAAAACGUAAUCAAGCCACGUACAGUCAACGUAACCUGUCAACCACCAGUAGAGAUGGAACUAAAUGGUAUGAUCACCGGGUACAUACUUACCUGGGGAUACUAUACGAUGAUUAAGAAUUCGAGUUCAUCGUGUCAUUGGUUCCUUGAUGUCGAUCCAGAAAAGACAUAUACAUUCACAGUCGUGGCAAGGACGAUAAAGGGACCUGGUAAAAACGCUUCGACAACGCUUUUUAUACCCGCAGGAGCUCCGUUGCUGGCAAAUGAGAGCGCGACAAUGAUAAAACUGGGGUCAUCUUCAGAUGUCAGCGACCCAGAAAAGCAAUUCCGGGUGGAUUUUGAUACCAAACUCGUGUGUAACACCAAAAACGGAAUCGUCUCAGCUCAUUACGUUAUUGUGUCUGAAUCAUCUCAAUCUAACACUGUUCUAAGACCUUUCCGUGGAAAUAAAACUUCUUAUGAAAGUCAAGUGAAAACCCGUUAUAAGCAUUGGAGCAAUGUAAAAGACGCAGACAACAUCACCCCAUAUGUAGCGUCCAGGUCCUGGGAUCCUUGUCCAAAAAGUAAUACUGGUAAAAGAAGACGAAGGGAGACUACUCCACAGACCGUGUCUUUCACCGUUGGGAACGAUGGCGAUUGUAGUGGCGACUGUAAUGGCUACGUACAGCCCGGCCGAUCAUACAAGGUACGGGUAGCUGUCUGUACUGCUGGGGGAUGCUCGGAGUCCGAAUGGAGUAAUGCCAUCAAAACAGAACCGAAUUUGACGCCGUCAAUCGUUGGAGGAGUUAUUGGGUCGUUGCUAGCAGUCGCUAUAUUUCUAGCUGUAAUGUUUAUACUACGGAGGCGGUCUAUGCUAUGCUUCAAUAAAGACAAAGAAAAUGGAUUUACAGAAUUAACAGGGAAUACCAAUGUUGGAUACCGAGGUGAUUCCACUGAAAUGGUCGUCGUGAAAUCAAGAAAAAUCAAAGUAUCAGAGUUUGCUGACAAAUAUUACCAACUUAGUAAGGACAGCAAUAUGAAGUUUUCAGAAGAGGUUAAGUUAUUAAAGGAGAUGAGCCCAACGCACAAAACAAAUUGCGCUGAGGAGCAGGCUGUCCGUAUAAAGAACCGUUACACCAAUAUACUGGCAUUUGAUCACAGUCGAGUGAAACUUUUACCACUGGACGAAGAAGAAGGCUCGGACUACAUCAACGCCAAUUAUAUCCCAGGUCAUAAUUCCAAGCGAGAAUAUAUUGCCACCCAGGGACCUCUGGUGUGCACCAAGGAUGACUUCUGGAGGAUGAUCUGGGAACAGAACGUCAGUGUGAUAGUGAUGUUAACGCAAUUAGUUGAAAGAGGAAGGAGAAAGUGUGACCAGUACUGGCCGGAUGAGGUGUCCGAGCCGUUUUAUUUUGGUGAUCUCAUUGUCCGGAUAGAUUCCGAGUCCACUCUCCCGGACUAUGUUAUCCGCGUCAUCAGUAUGCAGCUGAAUAACAAGAAGAAGAAAAUGAAGCAGGUACACUACCUGAAAUGGCCUGACAUGGGAUGCCCUGAUACCACAUGGCUUCUUCUGAACUUCGUGCAGGACGUGCGCCUCUUCAUGCCUCAUCAGAACCCUGGUCCUAUGGUGGUCCACUGCAGUGCUGGUGUGGGUCGGACUGGAACGUUCAUCGCGGUGGACCACCUGGUACAAAGUCUGAACGCUGGUCACCAAGAAGUGGAUAUAUUCAACAUGGUACUCGGCAUGCGUAACGAGCGCCCCAACAUGGUUCAAACAGAGGACCAGUAUAUAUUCAUACACGAGUGUAUCAAGGACCUCCUCACAUCGGGAGAAGACGACGAAGAGGAAGAGGAGGAAGAAGAGGAGGAAGGCGAAGAACCAAUUUACCAGAACGCGUGAUGAAAGUGUUCUUACAAUAAGUGAGAGUACAGGAAGGACAGGGACCAGUGACUACAGCGAGAGAAAGUCUUUGCCUUAGGCCCUGACCGUUCAACAGCCGAGACUAAAUAGGAGGAAAAAGACAAACCUCAAAACAUUAAAUACAUAAACAGAUUGUGUAUGCCGUUUCAUGUAAUAUUUGGUGCUGAGUUAAGAAAUCCGUUUCAUUUAAAUGUCUGUUGUGUUCUGAUCACUGUACUCCCUUUAACACAUAACAACAGACAUUGAUAUAUCACGUGUUUUGUUUGCUAGUUCAUCAUCAGCCAUGACACAAAUUAUAAUAUAUGACAUCGAUUGCUUUGUAAUUGUGUUAUAUUUUUAUAAAAUAUUUUUUUCUAUUUCUCGUGUACUAUACAAAUUCAUUCGUCCAUCAUUUAUUUAAAUAACUGCUUCUGAUAGUGCCUCUGGAAAAUCUAUACUCCCUCCCAGCUCCUUGGUUUCUGUUUUAGCGCAUACAUCCACCCAUCUUGUCACAUUUAGAAUCCUGUCUUAUUCAUUAUUAUAGUCGGACAAAUCUAACGUUAUGUCUACAAUAUGAUUGAUGUUAUUUAGCAGUGUGUUGAAUACUACGCGACUGGUGAUAAUAUUGUACGGUGAUUUGUCGUUUUGAACCCAGAACAUACAGUUAUUUAUCUAUUAUGUUAAUAUAUUCGGGUCUUUCAUUUGUUACAAUGUCCAGGUCACGUUUCUAUGUUAAUCCAUUGUUCCCCAGUUACUUUUAUAAUGAUACUCCGUACAUUCCUUCUUGAAAUAAAUCCACAGUUUUGUGCAUAAUGUCACGUUAUUGUAAAUCUUCAUGUCAGAUGGUGUUCGGUGAUGUAUAAAUAUUAAAAUAGGUUUCUAGGUUCUUACAGGUCAUCGCGUUAUACCAUGUUUUGAACGAGUUAUUCUGAAGCAAAUGUAGAAAAGAUGAGCUAUAUUACGCUUUAAUUCCCUCUCGCUGAUAUUAUAAUGUUCAAAUAUCGUGAAUUACUCCUACCUUUUGCUACAGCAUUGCACAGCUAUAGUAAGUAACUGUCGGUCUACAGAGGUGUAGAGGACCAGUCAGAUUUAUCGAGAGACAAGGCGAAGACGACACCCCUGUAUACAUGUAUCUAGUGACGUUAUGUUCACCACCAGUAACUAACUACUCCGAAUAAAAUAAAUUAUGUAAGAACUUUCUUACAAAUGAAAGAAAAGACACAUAUUAACAUGUUGGUACUUCAAUAGUAACAAAGGAAUGAAUCUGAUUUCAAAAGGAGGUCGCAAACUUAUAGGAUAACAGUGAACAUAGGAGAUAUUGUAUGAUUCCGAUAGAAAGUUUAUUUGUUUGGUUGUACAAGUCUUAAGACCAUAAUGACGUCACGACUUUAUUGCCGUCUAUUACGUCAGGCUACCAUCUCAUCGACACCACGUUGCAACGAUGGCGGCAGUCCUUUAUAUAUCGUUCACACUUGAUUAUCAAGACAAUAGUUUAUUGUGAUUUUCGACAACUGAUGUGAGAAUCGUUUUAUCUGCUGGACAGAUGUUUUACCAUGUACGUGAUCAUUAAACUAGUCAAUGUUAUUCUGAAUUAAUUUUAUUCACCUGUGUGCCUUUUGUACAAGCUCUAUUCACUUUAUCGGUUUAUUUUAAUGAAACUCGUAUUAUCAUCUGUAAUCAUAGUAAUUUAUGCAAUAUUAUCUAUAUUUGUGUUCGUGUUUGAUUUAUGAUAUUCAUAGUUAAUAACAGACGUUUUCAUUAAGCAUCAGGACGUAAUUAUCAUAGUAACGGCCCUUGUCAGUCAAAAACAUAUUCCGUUAGCAUAUAGACAAAAUUAUAUCAGUUUCUCCCACUCUCAAUAAAUAACGUUUUCUCUAAACAUUUUGGAAAAUCGCCUGCAUCAGUCAAUGAUAUAUUCUCUUCAAAUAUCUCGACAAAAUAGUCUGUAGCUACUUUUAGGAAAGAUCUCCCUCUGGUAGUAGCUAAUGUUUUUCCUUAGCAUCUAGAUAAAACUAUCAUAAGUAUCUUGCACUUUCAGAAAAUAAUGUAUUCCUGUAACAUAGAGGCAAAUUAAUAUAAGUUUCUCUCACUCUAAUUAAAGGAUGUUUUCUGUAAUCAUUUAGACAAAUCUCCCGCUCUUAAAAAGAACAUAUUCCCUCUAAGUAUUUAGACAAAAUUAUCAGUAAGAGGAUGGGACCAACGUACAAUUAAUUUCAACCUAGUUUACAUAGAAAAGCGGUUUUACAUUGAAGAUAAUGACCUGAUUUUCUGGUAAUAUCUGUCUUCCGAGGCAUAUUUAUAGUAAUCUCGAAUAUGAUUGACAUCUACUGUGCCAUUUUGACAAAUCAGUCAUCGAACAAAUGUGUGGAAAUAUUUAUCAGGUGAAUAAAACAUCCAUAUACUCUGAUAUAGUCACGUGAAUUUUAGCAUGGUUUUGUUAUAUCUAAGUUAGCAGUUACAUAUUUGCGUUCAUGAGCUUUACGUGUUUUUCACGAGAAACCUUUAAUCUGACAAUAUUUGUGUAUACACUCCUAUUGUGUUGAAUCCAUACAAAGAUGUAGUGUUAAUCUACACAUAUUUACGGAGUCGUUAAUUUCGGCAUCUACUUACCAUAAACAUUCUGCAGUUUUUUUCUCUAGGUGUCCGUAUUAUCUAUAGUUAUGUAAUACAUUGUAAACAUAUGCUUUAGUUGAUAAUGACAUAAUAAUAUCAGACGUUAUAUAGAGGAGAUACGAUUACUUUGUCAAUUUGUUGUUUUGUAAUUUAUAAUGCUUGUUUUUUUUCACAAAUACAUGUGUGUCAUGUUAAAUGAUUCUAUAUUUAUCUAAAAUGAAUCCUUUGUUAAGUUCCUAUUGACUUUGUCAUUAUGAUAUACAUUCCCAUAGUC